AUGCUUGUUAAAGAAUUCAUUGUGAAUAUCUCUAAGGAGUGUGAUAACAAGUGGAGUAAGGAGUUUAGAAAGGUUUACGUAAGAGGAAGGUGUGUGGAUUUCUCUCCUGAAAUCAUAAACAGGUUUUUGGGCAGAAGUGAAGAAGAACAAGCUGAAGUGGAAGUUUCUAACAAUGUCAUUUGCACAGAAAUUACUGCAAAGCAAUUAAAGGAAUGGCCUAGAAAAGGGAAGUUGUUAGCAGGUUUCUUGAGUGUGAAGUAUGCAGUACUUCACAGAAUUGGAGCGGCUAAUUGGGUGCCAACUAAUCAUACUUCCAACAUUGCUAUAGGAUUGGGUAAGUUCAUUUAUAUUGUAGGGACCAAAACAAAUUUUGACUUUGAAUCCUAUGUCUUUGAACAAACAAUAAAGCAUACUGCCUUCUUUGUUGUGAAGAUGCCUAUAGCCUUUCCCUCAUUAAUUUCUGGUGUUAUACUGAGUCAACACCCAAGUAUUUUGAUCAGUUUGAAUGGUGCCUGCAAAAGAGAUCUUCCUAUAUCAUUGCAUUAUAGGUUGUUCACUUGGAAACAUGUUCCAGAUAUUGUCAUGACCUUUGGCCAGAAACCUACCAGUUCUACUACUAGGAUAGGAAUCCUUGUUGAACUAAAAGACACCUGUAAAACCUUGGAUGAAACUAUCAAAGUUUAUACUGAAAGGAAGAGCAGGCUUGGGAUCCUGAUAAAGACUUUGUCUAAAGAAGACGCUGAGGGAAAUCUGGAAGGUGAUAAUGCAGGUAAAGAAGAUGCUAAUGAAGAAGGUGUUAAUGCUAGUGAUGAUGAAGAGACAUCCAACAAUGAUGAAGACUGA